AUGAAAUGCGUGACUCAAAAUGUCUUGAGCUCUUUCUUCUUCCUUGACAUUUCAGGUUACCAGGCGGCGAAAUCGUUGAAUGCCCAGAAGUUCCUGAAGAAAACAGGAUGCGGUAAAGAGGACUACCACUGGAAACAAAUCGACAAGGCUUUACUGUGCACGUACACGCUGGAUGGAGUAGCUUGGCUCUACAAUGAGAAAUCGCCGCUCGGAUGGUGGAUGCUGAAGCCUCGUCCCAAGGAGGAGAGAGAGCUAGAUCACUUGUAUAAGCGGCAAGAAUUUCCAUACCUGGGAGACGAAGAAGCAAUGGAAGAGUUUGUGGCAAAGGGUGGUAUGAUUGUUAAGGAGUUGCAGAAUAAGAAAUUUGAGCAGGAAGUGCAGAGGUUGUGGAUCAAGAUGAGGAAUAAGGUCAUUUUGGAGCUUCCAGAUAAGGGUUAUGAUGUUGAGUGA